GUUUGGCGGAAACACGUCACUUAGCCGCUUCAGAUGGAAGUUUGAACACUAUAAACAGACAGCUUUCCGGAUCGUGUCUGAAGGAGAAACACAAUGAAUACGAAUGAAGACACCAGGGAAAAGCUGGAUGCUGAGUUUGACCAUUAUCUUGUUGAUAUGAAACCAUAUGUACUUAAAUUGCAUCAAAAACUGGAGCGACAGAGGUGUGCUUUGUGGAUCAAAAAGCUGUGUAAUCCCUCUGGAGCUGGGAACACAGUUACUGGCAUAAAGAAUCGGAAUUUAUAUGCCAAGCUCCUGCUUCACAUGCUGAAACGAGGGGUGCUGGAAGGACCCUUCACACAGAAACCAGAAGAAGGCCCACUUCAAACAUUGCCGACUUACAUGUCCAUUUAUUUUGAUGAGCCAAACUUCACAAGAUUUCAGAGCACUAGUUCUGGCGAGUUGCUGGACUGGGUGGCAGGAAACUUAGAGGAUACAGAUAUAACAUCAGCCGAGUCUGGGAGAUCACCUCUGAAGAAUGAAACCUCGACAUCCAGGGACAGAUACUCAUAUAGCCGGAAACGUAGCUUGCACUCCUUGAGCCCAAAUCGGCGAUCAGAUGAGGAAAAUCUGUCUGCACCGCGUUCGAACAGUCCCAUUGAAGAAACGUCUGUGUUAGAUGAUCUUGAAACACAGCUGAACAAGUGGGACCUCGGGAUUGAGAACCCAAGAUACUUGCGAGAGAAGCCGAUAACUUUAUCUCCGCUUUCUUCAAAAUCAGGCUUGGCGAGGAGCGCCACAUUCCGAGAUGAGCAGGCCUUGUCCCGCGUACAGCAGAAAAAAGAGAUCGACAUAAAAAUCAGACUGAUGGAAGCAAAAUUUCAGGAGGAGAAGCUAAGGAUGCAGCAGAAACAUGACACAGAUGUGCGAAAGAUCCUGGACAGAAAGAACAGUGAAAUCGAAGAAUUGAAAGACACGCACAAGUCCAAACAAAAAGAAUGUGAUGAAACGAUCCGGAACAUGGAAAAGAAAAUCCAGACUCUUGUGCGGGAAUCUCAGGUGAUGAGAGAGAAUAAAGAGGCACAGAUUGCAGAGUUGAAGAAAAUGUGUGAGAAAAGUACAGAAUCCCUGAGGAACGAGUGGGAGAAAAAGCUUCACAAGGCUACAGCUGACAUGGAACGUGAAAAGUUCGACAUGCAGGCGAAUCACGGUGCCGAAUACGAAAAACUACUCGAUGAAACAAACACCAAACUUCUCAUAAUGAAGACAGAGUAUGCCAACCAACAAAAAGAAACGGCAUUGACCUUGAAGCAGCUGGAAGCACGAGUUCUGCAACUUACCGGGGAAGUUGAAAAUGGUAACUUGCAACGGCAGAGACUAUCUCAAGAGAAAGCCGAUCUGGAGAGAUCUUACAAGGCAACAAGCAAUGAGCUGCAGGAGACACGGGAGAGGUUUGAAGAAGAAAGGAGGAAUAUGUCCCAGGAGCACAGGAAACACAUCUUACAGCUUCAGAACAAGUUGGAUUCAGACUUGAACUUUGUAACGCAGCAGAAUGCGCUGACGGCAGCCAAGGCAUCAGACUUGAUUGAAGAUUUGGAGCAGAAAAUGUCUCAGUUAAAGUUACAGCUACAAGAUUCUGAACUUCAGCGAGAGCAACAGCUGAAGGAACAAGAGAACAGAUAUCAGAAGGAGAAGUUUGAUUUGGAACUUCUUAAUGAGAGAAAGGUGCGAGAUCUCCGUAACCAGCUGGAACAUGAGAGAGAAUCGGCAGCGAAGAAAACUGGUAAACUGGAAGAGUCAUUAAAGGAUAAAGAGGAGCAGCUGACACGCUUGUUGGAGAUGCAGAAGAUCCAGGCACAGGAAGCAGAUUCUGCCCUGGAAGAGCUGAAGCGGCAGGUGGAGUCAAACACUGAGAAAGUCUACUCCGAGAUGAGGCAACAGAUGGAAAAAGUCGAAGCUGAUUUAAAUAGAUCAAAAUCACUGCGUGAAAAGCAAACCAGGGAAUUCUCAAAGCAGACUGAGGAUCUCAAACAAAGAUACGAGCAACAGAUUGCUGAACUGAAGCUGAAGCAUGAGGAGGAGAAGACAUACCUUUUCCAGCAGCACAGCACUGAGAAGGAUGGGAUCAUCAAGGACCAUGAGCAGGAGAUAGAUCGGCUGGAGAGAAAGCUACGAAACACCUUGUCAGAACACGAGAUGAAGACGCAGCAGUGGAGACAGCGAGAUUCCCAGACUAUCUCUGACCUGGAAGCCCAGGUGUACAGACUGAAAGAAGAGCUCAUUCAAGUCAACUCUCAGCGCAAACAGCAGCUGCUGGAGCUGGCUCUCUUGAGGGACGAGGAGAAGCAAAAGUCCACACAGGAGCAUCAGCAGGCCAUGAGCAAACUGAGAGCUGAGAUGGAGACCAUGAGACUUGACCUGCAGAAGGCACACAACACUCAAAUGGAGGAGACCGUGGAAAAGGCAAACAGCAGGUUGAAGCAGAUUGAGAAGGAGUUCAAUGAGAAACUUGCCAAGAGUACGCAGAUGAUAUCGGAGCUCCAGGCUUCUAUCACGACUGUGCGGCAACAGAGCAAUCAUCAGCAACUCCGUAUGGAAAAGAGACUUCAAGACACCUAUGAACAGGAGAAAAGGCAGCUAAUUAAAGAAAAUGAGAAGGUGAUACAGCUCCUGAAGAAAGAAGUAGAAAACUAUUACAGUCAGCUGCGAAGCAGUGAAAUUAAACUUCAGGAUAAGGAGUUAUCUUCACAGGAGCAGGUGACACAAAUUCGACAGGAGUAUGAGCAGAAGAUCAAAGGUCUGAUGUCUGAAACCAUGAGGCAGGAACUGGAGGCCACCAUUACAUCCUUGAAAUCACAGGUCACCUCUUUACAGAAGAGAGCGGACGUUCUCCAGGAAGAGCUCAAAUUGUAUCAGAGACAGAGGCUUUGAUUUAGAACGGACAUUGUGGGGAAAUCCUGACUGCACUGAUCAAACUGUGAGAAUUUUAUUACUCAAAAAAAAAAACAAGUUUCUUGCUAUAGUUAUCUCUAUUAUAAAUAUA